AAGGUAGAGUGAUACUCCGGCUGCUUGAGACAGCCUGACUGAUAGUGCGCUCCAGAACAGAGUCAAGAGUACCGCCGCCAUCUCUACUCGACCGCCGUGGCCAGAAUCAAUCAGGAUCUCGACGCACUGCUGCACAAACUCUACGAAAGCAACCUCCAAGAUGCCUCCUCAGAUGCUGCUGAAGACGAUCCUCGGGCUUCGCCCCUAAGGCUCAGCAUCCCCGCCAAAUACCAGCGUACUGUGCAGAACCUCUACCGUCCUAUAUCCGGCUACCGUUACAAUGUACCGAGAACGACCGCCUCAGGCGAGAUUGAAUAUGUUCAAACGACUCUGCACGAUCGCUUCCAGACCUUCGAGGAAAAUAUGCUAGCCGAGACGGCGCAGAUCGAGGAGUUGCAGCGGCAAUGGGAGGGCGUUAUUGCUGAGAUCUUCCAGCUCGGCAGUGCCUGUCUGGGAGAGAUUGACAUUGCCACUCUGCUGUCCACUGCUAAUGUAGAUGCGAGCGCCACCUCACCAGCUUCGAAGGCUGAAUCUUCACUCUUUGUUCCCGAGCAUGAUGAUUCGGCGAAGGGAGGAGCAAAGAGAAAGCGCGUGUCGUUUGAUAGUUCAGGCCUGCUGGCGUCGUUUCCGGCGUUUCUGUUCCGUGCGCCAGAACAUCAGAAGCAGGUCCCUGCUGCUCCUGACCUGCCGGCAGGAGGGAUUCAGCGGUUCGAGAAGGACAUCUCGGGACUGGGAAAGCAGCAUACUGCGGACUUGCACAGACUGGAGAAGGAGCACAAAGCGUGGUGGACGAAGAAACAGCAACAGCUUGCAAAUACUUUCAGGGAAGACUAAGUGGCUAGACUCUCGUACCACUGCUCGCUGGCGAGACAUGGCAUUUUAAGGGCAACAACGGCUGGUGUUCACAUGUUUAGCGAGAUGUGCAA